AUGUGUUCCCUGGGGAUCUUCACUUGUAUAGCUCAGCGUCUAUCUCUAAGUGUUGCCAUCGUGGCGAUGGUCAAUCAAACUGCUCUGAGGCAACUUCGUGAAGACAACUGGAAUGACACAAAUCAUGAGUUGGGACUGGUUGGUGCGGCUGUUUCUAUCAUAGCUCUUGGCUUCCUGAACUACACACAGCCUGUAGCGGCGGUCACCGUUCUCGUUAUAACAGUGUCCAUGCUGGGUGUCUGUUAUGCCAGCUCCAUCCUCAGUAACAUCGUGAACAUUGCGCCUCGAUUUUCCGGAAUUGUACAUGGCGUUGCAGCUACAGUAGCCUUUCUUGUCGACGAAUCUGUUCCUGCUCUCGUUGGAGUCGUCACUGCAGAACAAACUCAGGCCGAGUGGCGAACCAUGUUCUUCAUAUGCGCCGGUGUGUAUAUUUUUGGAACCGUGUUCUACUGUAUUUUUGCUUCCGUCAAGACGGGAUGGGGCUUAUUUCAGAGACGAGACCUUUCCAUGCUGACCAAGCCAGAUGGGUGGAGAGCCUUCAAACCUCCUCAAAAAGAACCCAAGUUCCGAACGCCCCAUUGA